UAGGAACCGCCACCCUGAGUCACGUGCCGUGACGUAGCCAUGGGGAAAGCCAAGAGGGCGACCGCAAGAAACAUGUAAUAACAGACGUAAUAAUAACAUAAUGGCAGAGCCCAGUGAGGGCAGCCAGUCUGGACCUUUGCGACCACCUUUCGCUUUGGGAAGAGGACUCCCAGGACGGUCAUUACUGAGCCCUCCACCUCCAGGCAGACUCACAUCAUUGCGCUCUAGAGACCUAACCCUGGGUGGAUACAAAAAGAAAACAUUUGUGCCAAACGUCCAUUCUAUUCGCAAAAGCAAAGAUGAGUUGAAGGAGGAGGCCCGCACUGCACCGAAGAAGGACAGAAAAGAGAGAGAAGACAGACAGAGAGAGCGGAAGCGACGAGAAAGACCACAAACUAUUCAGUCACACUCAAUUUUUGAGCAGGGUCCUGCAGACACCUUCAGGAAAAUAGGAAGUUGGGGGAGCACAAAUCUGAGCGACUGUGACCCUGCAUUCGUUACCAAGUGUAUUAAAAAGGAGAAGAAUAUUCCCGAAGAUGACGACAAUGAAAUUUUAGAAAAGCUUCAGCGAGAUGAUUUCUUAGAUGAUCCUGGCCUGAAAAACGACCCCAAGCACAGACCAAUAAGACUUCCACUCCAUCAAUCAUGCAACUUUCUGACAGCAGAGACAGGUAUCUCAUUAAAGGAAGACACAUCCAAUUAUACUUGUUCAAAGCCACCAAGAACACAACCAAGAUUUCCAUCACAAGCAUGCAGAACCUAUGCAAGUGAUCAGCCUUCUACCGUUGGCGAUCUUUUCCAGCAAUUAAGCGUUGCAGACAAGGAAGAGCUCCUAUUCAUCCAGCUUCCUGAUACCAUACCUGGCCCCUUGAAAGCUAUUAGCUGUGACAAAUCAUCAAAAAAAGAAGGCAAAGCUGAAGACAAGCACUCAUCCCAUACUAAAGCACAGGAUCCUAUGGAGAAGGAGACCGUGCCUGUACUCUCUGACCUUUCAGAAGGACUCAUUGGAAAACUGCAAGUAAGGAAAUCUGGCAAAGUGCAGCUAGUUAUGGGGGACAUUACGUUGGAUGUCUCAGAAGGAGCAGCCUUUUCUUUUCUGCAGCAACUCGUGUCUGUGCGUCUCACGGAGGGUCUAACUGGAGACAUGACAGUCCUGGGCAACGUCACGCACAAGUUGGUGUGCUCGCCGGACUUUGAGGCUCUCCUACAGGGGGUCAAAGCUUCUUCAAACACACACUCACUCUCCAAGUCUUAGCUGUACCAGUUGAUAGUUUUCAAAAGGUCCAUGACUGGAAAACCUGGAAUGAACUUUUCAGCUUUACUGAAAAGUAGAAGAGUAUUCACACUCACCCUCUUCUUCCUGAUUGCUUUUCUUUUUGCCAUCUUCUGCCGUCUCUCCUCUGCAAUAGCUGCAGUCUGUGCAGGGGUGAGCUGCGCUUGGUAUUUCUGCAUAUCAAGUUUGUACUGCUCCUUAGCUGCUGAGGACGCCUCUUCAAAGGGCUACAAGAUAAAGGCAGACAGGAAAACACAGUGUAAAUUAUAAUUCUACUGGCAGUGCUGUUUGUAAACUAAUGUUUAAGUGAUGUCAACAUGCAAAUUCUGCACUAAGGUGGCAUUUUUAGAAAUAAUUCAACACAAGAACACCAAUGACUAGUUUUUCUGAAGAUACAUUUUAAAUCAAGCGCAUUUUUUGAAGAAGUGGCCAAAACACUAGAGCUGGGAUUCUCAAGCGUUUACACCUCAUGGUUCACCUAUUCAUCACUAGAAAGCAUGAAUAAUAAAAUAAUAAUAAUAAAAAUAAGCAGUAAAUAUUACUGCUUAAAAAGUAAUCUGGGGGAAUUUUCAACACGGUGAUGGCACGUUGGCGCGGUGGGUAGCGCUGUCGCCUCACAGCGAGGAGGGCAUGGGUUCGAUUCGGCCGGGUGACCGAGAUCCUCUCUGUGUGGAGUUUGCAUGUUCUCCCCAUGUCUGCGUGGGUUUCCUCCAGGUUAGAAAAUGGAUGGAUGGAUGGAUGGAUGGAUGGAGGACGUUUAGUUGCCACAAUAUGCGACAUUCAUCAUUGGGCACCAAUCAACACCAAACAUCUAAGCUUGCUUCGUGCCAGAUAUCAGAUAGAAAAGUCCCCGCAACACAUUUACUACACCAGCUGCUCUGGAGCGGAUCACUGAAACCUCAGGGGAGUAGAUUUUGUUUUUAGAUGCACGGGGCAAAAAACAGAUGAAGCUACUUUGUGCGCUGUUUUCUUGCAGGGCUUGAAUUAAUAUUUACAGUUUGAAAACAUUUUAGAUUCACUUUGGACCACUGGCUCCCCACUCAGUAUAGCCCUGAGGAUCACCAGCAGUGCAUAAGUGGACCCUGGGCCAAUGUAAAUUAUGCAGUGAGGAAUGGAAAUGUUAUUUAAAAAAAAAAAAAAGCCUGACAUAUUAAAAUCUAUUUAUAUUCAGCAUUUCACAUUCUGCACUGCACACACUCAAA